AUGAAGCUAAGUCCUGUGCUUCGGCCUUGCUCCUUGGUGCUGUGGGAGGUUCACCGUCCGGGUCAGUGCUCUCCACAAGCACUGACUUUAACGGUAGCUGACAGAAGGAACCCGGGCGCCGCCUCGUUCCAGGGCAGUCCCACCGCUGCCGAGAGAGUCUCAGGAAACACCAUCAUCACAGACGUCUUCAUCACAGACGUCUUCAUCACAGACGUCUUCUUCACAGACGUCUUCACCACAGACGUCUUCUUCACAGACGUCUUCAUCACAGACGUCUUCAUCACAGACGCUGAACCUUUUGCUGAAGACGAGCACGAUCUAACAGGACUUUGA